AACCUGAUCCCCAGAGCAUGAGAACCCGGGCAGAACAUGCAGACUGCACACAGAAAGGCCUGUGGGCGGCGUGGAACCAGCACCUUCUUGCUGUGAGGCCACAGUGAUGAACCACCACGCCACCCUGCCGCCCCCUUUUAAUUAGUAUCUAAUAAUGAGUAAUGUCACUGUCAUUUGUUGUAAUAUUUGUGUUUUGUAUUUUCACUUCAAUGGUCUUUUGAUGAGGAAACGCUGUCAUUAUAGAUGGAACUUAUAGAUAUUGUAGAUCAGGUCCCUUUUUAAACUGAGACCUUCCUCCGUUCUAACGUUGCACAGUUACGGUUCUGUUCUCUUGUAUUAUUUGUCUUACAAAGUAUUACAAUUCUGAAAGUAAAAUUGCCAUCAUCUAAAGGUUAAAAUCAUGUACAACGUUAAUUUCCAUUAGUGUUGAAGAGGGUGAUUUAUUAGUCUAUUUAUAUUUGUGAUUGAUCCUCCGAAUUCUGUGAUAAGACCUGAAGCUUCUACCUGAAAAACCCUCAUUUAAAAUACACACACAGUAUGCGUUUAUUUUUAGUAUAAUUAAAAACCACCGUAGUGUUUUUAAUGUUUCUGUUCUCUCCCACAGAGGAUUGUGGGUACCGGUCGUCAUGGCGGCCCCGCUGAACAUCCAGACUCCCAGUAAGACCUGGGAGCUGAGUCUGUAUGAGCUCCACAGGAGCCCUCAGGAGGCCAUCAUGGACGGGACGGAGGUGGCGGUGUCCCCCCGCUCUCUGCACAGCGAGCUGAUGUGUCCCAUCUGUCUGGACAUGCUGAAGAACACCAUGACGACCAAAGAGUGUCUCCACCGCUUCUGCUCCGACUGCAUCGUCACCGCGCUGCGUUCCGGGAACAAAGAGUGUCCCACCUGCAGGAAGAAGCUGGUCUCCCGCCGCUCGCUGCGCCGAGACUCCAACUUCGACGCGUUGAUCUCCAAGAUCUACCCGAGCCGGGACGAGUACGAGGCCCACCAGCGCCGCGUCCUGGAGCGCCUCAACCGGCUGCACAACCAGGAGGCGCUGAGCUCCAGCAUCGAGGAGGGGCUCCGGCAGCAGGCCCGCUACAGGAACCACCGGGUGAAGAAGCCCACCCAGGAGAGCGACAACACCACCUUCAGCGGCGGGGAGGACAACGGCGACGCCCACUCCCACCUGUCUCACGACUCCGCCCCCUCGCACGCCCCCCCGCCUCCGGGCCGGACACCCUCAGAGGCCGGGCCGAGCCGCAAGCGCCCGCGGGCGUCGGACGAGGGCUCCGGGCCCGAGGCGGACAGCGGCAGCCCCCCCGACCCGCCGCCGCGGCGCCACAAGGAGAGGCCGGCCUCGGAGAUUGAGCUGGUGUUCAGGCCGCACCCGGAGCUGGUCCAGGCUGAGGACUACAACCAGACCAGGUACGUGAAGACGACGGCCAACGCCACCGUGGACCACCUCUCCAAGUACCUGGCUCUCCGCAUCGCCCUGGAGGACCGGCGGGCGGACAGGGAGACGGAGGAGGCAGGAGGAGCAGGAGAGGGUCUGAGGAACAUCAGUGAGAAACAAUACACCAUCUACAUCAUGACCAGAGGAGGACAGUUCUCUACGCUGAACGGCUCUCUGACUCUGGAGCUGGUCAACGAGAAGUACUGGAAGGUGAGGAAGCCUCUGGAGCUCUUCUACGCCGCCACCAAGGACCAGCAGCAACCCCCGCCGCCUCCACCCCAGAAGUCCCCCCCCACACAGAGGGAGGGGUGAGAGCCGCUCUUCAACCGCACGACGCACGUUGAUUUUUGAAGGAAGAACAGACACACUCAAUACCAGCCCCCCAACACGAAGACCACGUCUGAGUCUCGUUCCCUCGCUUCACUUUAAAUAGAAACCCGGUGUUUUAGUGCCGCUGCCAGAAGGACGAAUUUUCAAAUUGACAAAUGUUAAUUUCCUAACUGCUUCAGCCAGAAACAUGAUUAAAAUAGUUUGGUUUUUUACGCAUGGAAUCGUUUCAUACGAAACCACCAGCUUUUGUUUUUUAGUCUCUUCAUGGACCUUUUCUAAACACGCUUUUAUUCGAGGUCCCACACGUGUAACGUAGUGCUGUGGGCUGGACCCGAUCCCAGCAUGCACUGCGCUUUACUGUAGGAUGGGAGCGUUUCCACGUCCUGCUUCAAUAAGCCAUAAGUCUCACAUCUGUCUGCACUUUAUGUCCUGCAGCCAUAAACGUUGUCGCUUACCUCAGUUUCUAUGGAAACGCUGCCCUUUUCCUUCUGUUGUGUAGUUAAACAAUAAAAACCCAUCUGGUGUGAAAUGA